AUGUUUAAGAAAGACCCACAACCUAAAGCAUCGGCAAAUAUCAAAUCUUCUGAAAGGAGAAAAUUAUUGACCAAUAUUUGCAAUAUAUACAAUAUUCCUCAACAAGAAAUUACCAAAGAAUGUGAGCAUGAUAUUCUUCCUGUAACUACGAAACAGGCUUCCUUUAAAAGUGUCCAAGGGUAUAGUGGAACCAUCUAUUGUGAUGAGAAUGAAACACCUAUUUGGUUUAAAUCUAGAGACUCUCAAAUAUUUCCUUCACUAUUUACUACGUGGAAAUGUCCUUUCAUCCUCCCAAUGAUUAAAACUCAUCCUCAUGUUAUCAAGAUCCUUUCUAAUGGGGCUGAUUUAAUGUUACCAGGAACAAUUCCACCGUUCGAUGAUAGAGCAGUAAAAGGUGCGGUUGUUGGCGUGGUUGAUAGUCAGAAUCCAACGGUUAUAAAAGCUAUAGGUCGCUGUAAAUUGAAUAUGACCGAAUUCGAUAGGGUCAUUGGUCGAACUGGUACUGCCGUGGAAGUCAUUCAUUGCUUACACGAUGAAUUGUACAAUUUGAAUAAAUUAGUUGAUAUUCCUAUACCAUCGGAAUGUAAUGUGGAUAUACCAGUAAAUGCUGAACAGAAUGAGCCUAUUACUCACGAGUGUGAGUCUGUUCAUCAAGAGUCUGAAUCUGUUACUCAAGAAGCUGAUAAGGGCGAUAAUAAGUCUGAGAUAGAUUCUAAAAUAGAAAAUGAAGACAACAAUAAAUCCACUAACGAAAAUUCCAUAGUUACUAGCAUGGAUGAUGUUGCUGAACAAUUGUCUGAAUUAUCAGUAGAGGAUGUUGAUAAGUUUUUUACUAGAUCUCUUUUGCAGUCUGUUCAACAAAAUUCUAUCGCAUUACCAAUAACAUCAUCCACUUUCAUGUCCAACUAUAUUUAUAAAAAUUUGCCAGUCAUUGACCCCAUGUAUUGUAAUAUUAAAAAGACAACAUGGAAAAAAUCUGCAAAAUUUUUAAAGGCUAUGGAAAAGUUGAAUUACAUGCAAGUUAAAGGAAAAGGAGACGAUUUAUCAAUUGUUGGUUUAACCUCAAAGGACAACCCUAUUAUUCAAAACUUUGUACCACAUAAACCUAUGAGUUCUUUAACAAAUAAUAAGUCUAGCGAGAAAUCUGUUGGAAAUAAAAAGAAUAAAGCAAAUGAACUAUCAAUCGUUUACUUGUACAAGCCCACUAAUAAGUCAAGAAUGUUUUUCAACAAAGUGGAUCUCCCAUUUGUAAAUUUGUACACUGCGCCUGAAUUAAGAUCAUUAUUGGAUAAAUAUAUUAAAAUUCAGCAAUUGAUGGAUAAAAAAGAUCCGAAGAAGAUUGUUCUUGACGAUACAUUAAACAGCAUUUCCAAUUUAGGUCUUGGCUCUUAUCCAAGAGAUAAAGUCUUUAAGGUAUUUUUAACUAAUUUUUCGCCAUUGUAUAAAAUUUUAAAACCUGGGGAAAGUGUUGAUAAUGAUGAAAUUGAAUUAAAUAGGGGUGAGCCGCCAAAGGUUCAGGUUAUUACCGAAAUGAAAAUAGGAAGAAAGGUUAUUACGAGAGUCCUGAACUUUGAAAAAUAUUACAUUAAACCACAUAUUUUAUCAGAUGAACUAAAAGUAAAAUGUUCAGGUUCUACCACUAUCGGGCCUUGCACUCAUAAUCCAAAGCUAAUUGAAGUUACUGUUCAAGGACCCCACGGUAAGUUGAUUGUAGAUUUGUUAAAUUCUAAAGGAAUUCCAAUAUCUUUUAUUGAAUUUGAAGACAAAGUCAAAAAGAGGAAAAAGCGCUAA